AUGACUAGAUCGCAAGCUAUAGAAUAUGCAGUAAGGAAGAUUCCUGGGAUUUUGCCCCUCGAUGAAAGCGACGUUAGAGCUCUUUGUGAACAGGUACUCAAAUGUGGAAAAUCCGAUCCGGAUGCGAUAUCUCAAGGCUUCCUGGAUAUAUUGGGUCACGAAGAGGCCCCUUUUGAGUUUGUCAUCAAGUUCCAUCAGUUGCUCUCCCAGAAAGAGCCCGGAAAGGAUAGAAACGUCACGACUGAAGCUAGACCGAGAGUGCUUCCAACUAAAGUUCCCAAUGGAGAUAAAAUACAACAAGCCAGCAAGAAAGAAUCCACUACUAAGAAACACGGUAAAUCUGUUAGCAAUUCAGCAACUGUAAAACCACUGAAAGAAUCCAAACAAUCGAAGGCUCAGAAACAGAAGUUAUUGGAAGAGAUAGAUGAAGCUUGGAAAUUCUUAGAACUAGAGCAUAACGAACAAGACUCUAAAAAAUACAUUUGCAAUUGUCAAGGCAAAAGAUACCCAUUAUUUGAACUUGCUCCCAACUGUCUAUCCUGCGGAAAAAUCAUAUGUGUACGAGAAGGUUUACAUUUGAAUAAUUGCUCCUUUUGUGGUCAAGAAAUAUUACCACUGGAUGAAAAAUUGAAAAUUAUACAGUCAUUAAGAAAGGAGAAAAAUGAACUAAAUAAUGGCGCCAAAAAUUCAGUAGCUCCUACUGCCCAAUUGCACAAAAAUAAUGCCAGGAAUAGAUAUGCCAAUUCAUAUAAAAUAGCAUCAGGUAUGGGUACAAACCUUUUCUUGGAGCAAGAUAAACUAUUUGAUCUUAUAGAAAGGCAGCAGGAAAGAGAGAGAAAACGUAAAGAAGUGUUGAAAAUUCAAGAAGACAAUGAAAGGGAAGAAAUGAAAAUUCAAAGCAGGACUAAGCAGAAAAAUUCAACCGAUGCGGAACUCUGGGAAGCGCAAGAACGACUUGAGAAGCUUCUCCAUUUCCAAGACACUUCUGCUGAGCGUACAAAAAUUAUAGAUAAUGCUAGCGAUUUUAGCAUAUCACAUGAUGGUGAUUUAUGGGGUAGUGCAGAGCAGAGGGCUUUAAUGAUUAAGAAGCAGCAACGCAAUCUCAGGAAAUUUGAGAAAUUAGAAAGAGAAAGAAAUGGAAAACGUGACAAAUAUGUUGUCAGUAUGAAUAUCGGGCCUGACGGAAAGGUUACAAUGAACGAAGUCUCAAAUAACAACGGUCAGGUUACUGCCCAUUCAGAUGACGAUUUGGACGAAAUAAGCGACGAGGAGGAUAGAAAGGACUUACUUGAGAUGAACGAAUUAAAAAAUGACAUUAAACUCGAGAAUGCUGCUUUAAAAAACUCAUUACAGUCAACUGUGUGGGACUAUAAAAAAUACGGAAAACAGUUUGAAACACCAAGAUAUGUUGAUUCUUCUACCAGUAAAGCCAAUUAUAAACAAAAAAAUGUGGAUCAAAACAAAAUGACAUCUAGGAUUCAAAUUGAUGAUAAUGACCACAAUUUUUGGGAUUUUAUCGCAUAA